AUUCAUAGGUUUAUGCUCAUCCUUGUCAUAUCUUGGUCGUGUGCUGGUGAAAUAGGCAACAAACACUAGUCCACACUUGGAGCAUCAAUCACCCUGGAGUAAUUGGCAGCACGUGCGAGCUCUUGGCGGGAAACAUCCCGGCAGUCCUUCCUUUGCUGAACUGUCGUCUGCUGUCUCGUGGGUGUAACAGGCGCAGUGUACGAGCCAUCACUUUGGAAACUUCCACACGCAACACAGGAGUAUUUCCCAGAUUGCUACAAACGAAAACAGAUUGGCAAAGAGAGACUAAUUUGAUCAGGAAACCCUGGUGGAAGCUGAUGUCAGUGUUGUACCGUUCUUAAAGAGGCAUCCCGAAGCACAACUGUUGGGUGUUUCUGUGAAUGCACUGAUAUUAGUAGUUUGGUGGCAGCGAUGGGGUUCGUUCUCCCUCUCUCUUCCUUGCUUCAGCCGUUCUGCUUCAGAAGGAUUUACUGCACAUUGGAUGAGGAUUAUUACCUUUGAAUAAGGAACUGCUUGAAGGGUUCUUAUCACAUUGGUACUGUAACAAGCCAUCCUGCUACAGGCUUUUGGUGUGCUGUGACAAUCGCAUACAUAAAAAACAGACUGGGAUGUAUUGAACUGUGGAAUUGGAGUGUGGAAUUACCAAAGGAAAAGCUGGAUCUAAGGUCAUGCUGUGGGAUGUGCCUAAUCCAACACAGGACAGAUUCAAGCAAACUUCACCCCAGAAGUCAAUAAUAUCAAGGAAUGAAGUCACGCAUCUAUCAGUGAAAACCGACUCGAGUUUGAUGAGAGAAAUCACAGAUUGGAAUAACUAAACCCCUAAUGAUUGAUGUGGAAGUUCACAAUCUUGAAUCACUCCUGCAAGGUUCAAACAUUUGGUUUCUACACCCAAAUUGAUUAGUCUACUGCUGAUCUAUUUCUUAUCUUGAAAAUUCAUCGCUAUUAAGAAAAAGGUUAUGAACUUGUGUUCAAGUGUUCAGAUAACUGCAGAAAAAUAACUUGUGAUGAUUAUGGUAUAAUUUUUUGUCGGUACAAGCUAUUAAUUUUAUAGCUUUACACCAACAGUGGUCCUGGUUAUAACUGUUGUUGUAAUGUGAGUUUUGGAUGUUUUGAUUUCAUCAUUUUGCUACUGACACUCAAAUUAAUAGAUACAAGUUUCGAUGAGCAUAUAUUGUGUUUUGGGAAAUAGUAAAUAGAUGUUUGUCUCCUGUGAUACAAUUUAACUUUGAGAGAGGAAACACAACGUAUUUACGUGAAAGUGUGUGAUUUAUAAUUCAUCCUUAUUGAGCAAAAUGUAGCACCUUAUCAGUGUUUCCUAUGGAUGAAGUUCUGGAUCAAGCUCUGAUGAACACCAUUUAAAGUAUCAGUUUGGAAUACAGAUUUUGUGUCGUGUUUUAAUAUAUCCUGUGAUAGUUUAUUGGUGCACAGACUGCUGGUGACACAUGCUUCGUGUGUAUGCCCCUCAUGGAUCUACGGAACCAAUCUACCUUGUGUAUAUGUAUUGCUAAAGUCUGUUGUCGACUGUACCAAGCAUGAGGCUGCCAACUUUCUGGAAUGUACAUAUUCUUUUGGGAGCUCUCCAUUUCUUCCUCAACCCACUACUUUCAUCAACAGCUACAAGCAAUGGAAACCAUGGGACACUUUGGGAUAAUUCCCCUUAUGAGGUUUCACCUGAGGGAGAUUUUCCAGAAUCCUUGCAGUUUACCAACAAACGACAAAAAAAUCCAUCUUUCCUGGCAGCCACUAUCAACAUCACUGUGCGAGAGGGAGAUAUGGCCACUUUGCCCUGUGCAGUUAAAAACCUUGGCACAAGACAGGUGGCAUGGCGUCGUCUGGCAAAUGGGCAGGUUAUGACAGUGGGAACACUGACAUGGAUAAAAGAUAAACGGGUUUUUGUGGACAACAAGAUUCGCCAUGAGCAACCAGGAGUUUCAGAUUGGAAUCUACUUCUUAAAAAUGCUCGUCAGAAGGACAGUGGUGUUUAUGAAUGUCAGAUAACAGACAAGAAAAAAUUUAGUAGAAAUAUCACAUUAACAGUUAUUGGUCCUCCUAUCCGAAAACCCGGCGUAACAAUAGAAGGAAAAGAGUUUCCCAACCUUGGGGAGGAAAUUCGGUUGACAUGCAAUGCAACAGGAGGACCUCACAUACCAGAGGAAAUUGACUGGUUUAAAGAGGGAGAUAAAAUAGACUCUCAUAAAUACCCCAAUAUUUUAAUCACAAAAUAUCGGUCAUUACGUGAUCAGUCAUUAGUCAGCCAACUGAUCAUUGAUCACAGUAGAGAGGAGGACAAGGGCAUGUAUAUCUGCCGCAGCUCGGACGAGGAAAUUGCCAGUUUAAAAGUGACAGUUAUGGUUGCUGGAUCAGUGAAUAAGAAAAGAGUACCGCGACCCGUGGAUCCCAAAUCUCAGUCCAACCAGCACGGAGCACGAUACAGAACAGGUUCAGGUUCUACCUAUGGGCCACACCAAGGUUCAUCAGCCUCUGGGCUCUUGUUGGAGGGAUCUGCAUGGAUUGCAUUCUUUGUCUACACGUUGCUAUACCCUCUUUGUAUGCAUGUGAUAUGAUGAGGAGACAGACUGAGGAGAUAGAACUGGUGCAAUAACAGUGCCUUGUUAAGUUGUUGUGCCCAAGGCACACUACUUCUUGAGGACCAUGGACUUGGUGCCACACCAUUGGUUGACAAAGUCAUGUGACUGUCAUGUGAUAUCAAAAUCAUUUGGCUCCCUGUAUGGUCAUAUGAUGAUAUGUAAUACUGUUUACCUGGGUUAAAGAUAAGUGUAUAUUUUACAAAUUUCAUAACUUAUAUUUGUAUGUAAUGACUUCAUUAAUGUUAAAUCAUCUCAUCAUUUUUGUGUCUCAUAAUGGGAACUGUUUUGAAUAUAUGUUGCAUUUAAGAUAUCAUCAUGUGGCAUGCAGGCCCAGUCAUGUCCAUGGCUAGUAUCACAUGUGAUAGGAAAUCUCAUGCCAGGAACUGCAUUUGUUUCAAGUGUGUGAUGAAACAACUGUGACAAGUCAAGUGUUUCAUGGGAAAAGAACAUGCAAUGACUCCACACCAAUUAAUCAAAUGAAGACAUUACAUUGGCUGUGAACUCCAAGCCAUGGAGACAAAAAUUGUUGAAGAUAUGAAUUAAUCACCCUGCUAAUCGGAAAAGACUGUAUUUUCAUAACAACAUGAUGCAUACCUUGGAAGAGGGGUCACACAAACCAAUUCAGCUUGUGAGUAGCACUUCAACAGAGAACCACUGGCACCAAAAGGUUUCAAACAGUCUUCGGGAAGGCAGCAUGGUGUGAUUGAUGAUGUGGUGAGACUUUCAAAUGGGUUGUGUUCAGAAAGGACUUUAUACAAAGCUGAGGGAAGUGUGAUUAAUUGCUGCAAAUGAUUGACAUUAUUACCAAUAUGCAUGAUUUGUUGCCAUCUUACUGCAUGGAAUACAUUCAUGAGGCCAAAAUGUGUUUGAUAUUUAAGUUAUGGAUUUUCUUACGUUUCAGAUCAUUUCCUGUUGAAAACAAUUUUUGCAUUUGUCUUUUGCUUCCUUUAUUGUUAUUUAAAUAAAUGGUAGAAUUGAUCCAAAACUAAAAUUCAGAGAUUUGGUUCAGGAAAUUGGCAAUUGUUAAAUAUGUUUGUUAUCAACAUAAGGUAGGAUAAAUAAACUGACAAAAGCAUCACUCAGAAAAUUAUUGUCAUUCCUCUUAAUUGUAUUGCAGAAUAGUGAUGAUUAUGCUGCAAACCACAUCAUGAAAUGAAUGCAAUCAAAGAUUUAACUAAGUCGGUGCAAAAUAUUAUAAUUGUAUCUCCCUUCAACAAAAGAAUAUGUUGUGAUGUUUACAGUCAGCUGAAAAAUAUUGAUGAACUGAAUAAGGUUAAUGUUCCUGCUUUCUUUGGUCCAAACAAGUUUCCUAUGAGACUAUGAAUAAGGAAUCAUUCACUGUUUUGUGUUAAUAACAUGUUUGGGGGACAAAAAUGUGUAAGCUGAAAGGGGAAUAUAUAUCAAGUAGGAAUAGUUUUAGCGAAAUUCAUAGGAAAACAAGCAUUCACAACUUGAAAGUCAUAAAUCUAAGGCAUAAACAGGCAUUAAACAAUUUAUACAGGAUACAGUAAAUACAGAAAACAAGUUCUAACCAGUGAAAAUCUGAUGUCUUAUGUUUAUGAAAUCUGUGUCUGAUCUGAUUCCUGCAUUCUAGACUUUUCUCACAAACCAGUUAUUUGAUGAUUUUUUUUCAUUUUAGAAAAAGACCAUUUUUGGAAUAACAUGAUUCUGUUUGAAAUGAUGUUGCUUUUGGUUAUUUCCUACUAAGAUAUUAUUGAAGUGAGAAAGUAUGUCAUUUCAUAGAUAUUGAUCUUGCAAUAUUGUAGGACAAGGGUCUGGGCUUGCAGUAUUUUCAUGAUGUGCUACCACUAGUAGCAUAAAAAUCACUAUACAAGAAUAAAAGGUUUGUGUAAUACUAAUUUGUGUAAAAUAGUUGCAUUAACAAAGUUCAGUAGGCUGUUGAUCUGAAAGUCUAUGAUGCAAAUUCUGAAGAAAUCAAUGGCCUUGAGACAUGAAAAAAACCAAUAUGUGAUGUUCUUUGUUGUACAUAGAGAUUUAUAUGAAUAUAUUAGGAAUCAAAUGAAUACAAGUGUAUAUAAACCCCUUUGUCUCUGUCAGAAUGGAUUUCAUUCAAUCAUUUUUAUCUAUUUUUCCUCAUUAAACAUGAAGUCUCAACAGACUAAUGUUUAAAUGUUAUAGGUACCAAUUUUUAGUGUUGCUUUUCAAGUUAAAGAGAGCUAAAGCUGGCUGUGUGAUGAUGUUUGCACUUUUGAUAUUUGUUAUCUCAGUAUAUGAUGCACAAGCAAAUACCAGAUGUGUUGCUUAUUUUUUAGCAAACUUUGGUACUGUGUGAAUCUGAGAUAUUCCAAAUUGUUACUACAGUUGUUACGAAAGGACCGGCAUUAUUUUAAUUCUUGUGAGAAAUUUCUGGGAAUUCAUCGUUAUGUAUAUUUUUGUUUCUGAUUUUCGUGAAAUCUUUUUUGUUGAAUCUGUGUGAAUCAGAUUGAAGGACUUAAAGAACAACAUGCACAGCUAUGAUAUUGUCUUUAGCUAUUGAUAUCACCAUAUGAAAGAUGCGUUGAAACAUUGAAAGUGAAACAGAAGCAUUUAUUAUCCAAUAUGGAUACUGUAAUGGUAUAGUUAAAAAUUAUGUGUUAUGUGUGAAAUACCUUAAGACAUAACACAUAAGUCUAAUGAUUGAGGUUGUUUAACAUUGUUCGAAAGGUAACAAUGUAGAAAAUCUAUACCACUGAACCAAUUCACAAGUAGUACUUUUUAUACCUGAAAUCACCUGUGAAUUGAUGGUUCUCCAUUGUGUGUCCAGGGAGUAUUGUUGAGUUGUAAAGAACCUAACAUCCCUGGUUUCCACUGAUUUAUUUCCACCCACUUCUGUUAGUAUUUAUACUAUCACCUUGAUGACUGCUUAUGUGUCACCCUACCUCAUUGUGUUUAUGUUGUUAUGUUCAAUGAGGAAAUGUUAUUCAGCUGCAAUCACUUGUGCAGAAUAUACUCAAGUAUGUGUUAUUUAUAUUGGUACACAUUUGAGUUGGUGCAUCAACAGUUUUGUUCUACCUUAGAGUGGGGCUAGUAUUCAUUUAGCCAUUAGUUACAGCAACUACUUCAUUUUCAGCAUCACCUGUCCAUUUGUUCAUUGUUUCCAACUGCAGGUGCUUGAUUGGCUGUUGCUUGUUAUAUGAUGUGAAUAUUGGUUAGAAAUGAUAGGCAAAGCGAAAGAGUGAGUUUUGGGAGAUGCAAUUGAUUACAUAUAGUAUCAUAUGUGUUAAUGUUUCUCAGGAACCACUGCAUAAUAUGAAAGUAGCACAUCACUUCAUAUUCUCAUGAACAAUUAAUCUUGUCAAACACAAUUUGAGGUACAUCACUUUAAAACAGACUUACGUGUCAAAAUGUUGAAAAUUCUGCUUUCGUCGAGGCCUGUUCGACAUCAUACUAUUUUUAUCACACCUUCUUCAUUGGAAUGCAUGUCUUUCACAGUUCUAAAAGACUUUUUCAGGUAUAUGUUGUACAGUAAGCUUACAAUGUAAGCCACCUGUAUGUAGCAAAGCAAACUGAAUAUUGUGUAUCCUGAGUUUCUGCUGAAAGGACAAUUGACCAUUGAGUUAAAAGAUAGACAGUAGUAAGUCUACAUAGCAUGUAGACAGAUGUUUUCCAUAGGUUAAAACAAAAUAAGAAUUUUCAGCUUCAUUGAGUAAAAAGAAAGAAAAAAUAGAAUCUUGUUACAAGAAUUGUGAUGUAAUUGUAAGAAUCUAAUUGUGAUGUAAUUCUAAGACAGUAAAAAGAACAAAAUUUGUUAACAAUUGCAUUCAAUGUUGAAUACAUAUUUACAAGUCCUGUACAUUUCUAAAUAUAUAUCUUUGCAAAUAUUUGACAAAACAUUGUCUUCUCCAAAAUCUUGUUAUAUUUUAAUUUUAGGGUUUGAUCCUAUUAUUUCGUUGUUAUAAAAGGUGAAUACAAUCAUUGUACAUUUUAGUAAGUCAUUGCCAUAUCUAAUACUUUCAAGAAUAAAAUUACUCAUUAUCAUUUUAGUAAUUCAUAUUUUGUUGUUUAAUAAAAGAGACCCUUAAUAGUCUAAACAAUGAACAGUACUGUCAUAAACAGAAUUGAAUUCUUAAAGUAUCCUAAUUAGUGUCAUAUUGUGAAACAGUGGCAGAUUGAAAAAAUGCAAGCUGACAUUGUAGUUCUCUUGGACAAUUACUCACACAAUUGAGCUAAUGGCAUGACUGUGUAAGUGAUGUCUGUAAGUUUUCAAAUCAUAUGGCAGAUCCUGUUAAAGUACGAAUUCAAGGACAUUUGUGAUCAUUAUUAUGUGGAAUAAAUUGCUUUGUAUGAGAAGAAAAGCCACAAAGACUAUGUUUAGGGUUUGAUUGUCAUAAAUAUAUUUUAGUCUUACACAACAGACAUGGUUUCUGAAAAGGAUCUUCUCAGUACAUUUCACACAUAUGGUUUCUUGUGAAAUUAAUGGUUGUGUUUUUCAUAAUUGCUAUAGAUAUCUUAAACAAAUUACAGUUUUUUCCCUUAAGUUACUACCAAAACAUCCAGAAAGUCAACAAUUCUGGCUGUAGGAUCAUUUGAAUCUUUGCUCUUUGUGAAGCGUUGAAGAUUUUACAUCAAUUAUCAAAUUAUAUAAUUUUUGGAAUACUUUAAAUUAACGUGGCUGAGCUAUAGACAUCUUUGUGCUUGUUUUCAAUUUAGCUUGAUGAGCAAUUCUGCCGAGAGGUAGUGAUUUCAAAUUGCAGGGUACUUUUCAAGGGUUUUGUAAUAUUACCUUACCACUUGAAAUGUCUGCAUGCAUCUAAAGUUAAUGGGGUUUUCAUUAGAGGUAUUGAUGGAAUUUGACCAUCACUGUCCUUGUGCUACAUUUUAGAAACCAUAGGGUGUUUGGAAUUGUCAGGGAUAUUAUAAGAAGUAUACCUACAACACAGAUCUUGUGAAUCAUCCUAAAGGUAAUACCCUCCAAGAAAUUGAUUUUCUUAGUGGCUAUCUCAAGAAUGUUUUGUGUAGGUAACUGAAAUUUGAUAUUUCCUACUUAGGAUAGGGCCAUCAGAAAGGUAUAAGAGUGAUCUAAGGGCAUAGUUACAACAUAGGUUAAUUGUACCUUUUACAACACCGCAAUUUGUGGCAGACAUAAGUCUUUUAUAAGUGGUAAGGUUGUGGUCUUUAGAAGGUCUGGGUCACUAAAAUUCUACCUCCUUGUUGAUGAAACACACACUUCUAACAGUUGACUUAUAAAUAUUGAAACAUGUCUUUGGCUUAAAUUGAAUGUAAACGUUAUUACAAGUGCAUUCAACUCUCUAUUUAAGGUAGCUGAGGGCAUGUGUCUUUCUGUUGUAAAGUUAUACUGUGUUGAACAUGGCCUAAGUAGCAUGUAACUUUCUUACAAAGGUAGGUAGAUUUGAAUAACUGUCUAUCUUACGCUAUCGAGAGGCAUGUGACUUUCUGUGAUGGGUUAAAUUCUAAGGCUUAGAAUACAUUUUGGUUCCUCAUCUAUGUGUCAUGAGUUUAGGUACUUUGACCAAAGGUUGUAGUAAGCAUGUAUUUUCCCAAAUAGAAGGCAAUGGUAUUUGAUUGGGAAUACCUUGUAAUUUCAGGUGCCCUCUGGAAAUAGAGGUGAAGCUGGUGCUUUGUUUUUUGCAAGUGUUAUAAACUCGUUCUAGUUCGUUAUUUUUGAAAGCACUUCAUUCAAAGAAAAAAAAGUUUCAUAUGUCUGAGGGCUGAUAAGGGAAUCCUGCAGUUACCAUUUCUGUUGUAUAUUUGAAUCACAUAAUGUAAAUACCUCAUACGAUUUUUCAACACUAUAUUUCAUGGUAUUAAGAGACAUAGUCAAACUAAUUCUAGUUUUCUAUAUACAUUGAUAUAAGAUUACAGAAAUUUACUUUUAGUAGAGGAGACAUGCAAAGCAGUUGGCGCAGAUUUCAAAGAAGACUAGAGAUACUAAGAAAGCUUAUAGGCCAAGCAGUGUAUAUUAAUACUAUUCAUACCAUUGAACCAUUUCAUCUUGUAAGUUAUCUGCCCCUGAUCUGUAUUCUUACUGUGUAGAAACAGAUUGGUUGAAUAAAAUCUUAUAUAGAAACA